GAGAUGGCAUGCCUCGGAUGCCAGAGGAGCUAUGCAAGCUUGCUGUGGAAAGCAUGCUUCCCGCUUGUCAGGGCUUCCUGAUAGGAGACCUGGUGACACAGUAGCCUUUAGGCAGAGCUCCUCGGGAUGUGAAGGAAGUGCUGCUACAGGUUUUGUCGGGGGGAAAUCUGAGCCAUUUCUCUGUGGACAGCUGUAUUUCAAAGUCUGGACAAGUUGCCCUUGAAUUUUGCAUGGGCUGCCAGGAUUUUGUGGAAGUAUAAUACUUUGUCAUUAUGAGAUGUCGUCUCUCGGCGCCUCCUUUGUGCAAAUCAAAUUUGAUGACUUGCAGUUUUUUGAAAACUGCGGUGGAGGAAGUUUCGGGAGUGUUUAUCGAGCCAGAUGGAUAUCACAGGACAAGGAGGUGGCUGUGAAGAAGCUACUCAAAAUAGAGAAAGAGGCAGAAAUACUCAGUGUCCUCAGUCACAGAAACAUCAUCCAGUUUUAUGGAGUAAUUCUUGAGCCUCCCAACUAUGGUAUCGUCACAGAAUAUGCUUCUCUGGGAUCACUCUAUGAUUACAUUAAUAGUAACAGAAGUGAAGAGAUGGAUAUGGAGCACAUUAUGACCUGGGCCACCGAUGUAGCCAAAGGAAUGCACUAUUUACAUAUGGAGGCUCCUGUCAAGGUGAUUCACAGAGAUCUCAAGUCAAGAAAUGUUGUUAUAGCUGCUGAUGGAGUAUUGAAGAUCUGCGACUUUGGUGCCUCUCGGUUCCAUAACCAUACAACACACAUGUCCUUGGUUGGAACUUUCCCGUGGAUGGCUCCAGAAGUUAUCCAAAGUCUCCCUGUGUCUGAAACUUGCGACACAUAUUCCUAUGGUGUGGUUCUCUGGGAGAUGCUAACAAGGGAGGUCCCCUUUAAAGGUUUGGAAGGAUUACAAGUAGCUUGGCUUGUAGUGGAAAAAAACGAGAGAUUAACCAUUCCGAGCAGUUGCCCCAGAAGUUUUGCUGAACUGUUACAUCAGUGCUGGGAAGCUGAUGCCAAGAAACGGCCAUCAUUCAAGCAAAUCAUUUCAAUUCUGGAGUCUAUGUCAAAUGACACAAACCUUCCUGACCAGUGUAACUCAUUCCUGCACAACAAGGCAGAGUGGAGGUGUGAAAUCGAGGCAACUCUUGAGAGGCUAAAGAAACUAGAGCGCGAUCUCAGCUUUAAAGAGCAGGAGCUUAAAGAACGAGAAAGACGUUUAAAGAUGUGGGAACAAAAGCUGACAGAGCAGUCCAACACCCCGCUUCUCUUGCCUCUUGCUGCAAGACUGUCUGAGGAGUCUUACUUUGAAUCUAAAACAGAGGAGUCAAACAGUGCAGAGAUGUCAUGUCAGAUCACAGCAACAAGUAAUGGGGAGGGCCAUGGCAUGAACCCAAGUCUGCAGGCCAUGAUGCUGAUGGGCUUUGGGGAUAUCUUCUCAAUGAACAAAGCAGGAGCCGUGAUGCAUUCUGGGAUGCAGAUAAACAUGCAAGCCAAGCAGAAUUCUUCCAAAACCACAUCUAAGAGAAGGGGGAAGAAAGUCAACAUGGCCCUGGGGUUCAGUGAUUUUGACUUGUCAGAAGGUGACGAUGAUGAUGAUGAUGAUGGUGAGGAGGAGGAUAAUGACAUGGAGAGUAAUAGUGAAUGAAAGCAGAAAGCAAAGUAAUAAAAUUGAAAAUGUGUGCAAAAACAAAAGUAACUUGUUAUUUCAGUCUGUACAAAAACCAGUAAGGAGGCAGAAAACCAAGCACUACAGCUUUAGGCCAAUCACAUUUACAAGACAGUAAUUUCUUUAUCAGUUUUACUUUGGAUUUAUUUUGCUUACAAAAAAAUAGGGGAAAAAAUUAAGCCAAAAAAGUAUAUUUGCAAAUCAGCCAAUGUGGUGCCUGAUUAUAGAAAUUUGUGACUCUGUGUACAAUAUAGUAUUUUUUAACUAAUGACAUUCUGGCUUUUUCUUUUUUAAUGAAUAUUUUAUAGUUUGUAUUUGACUUUAUUUCAUUUCCUUUAUUCAAUUGGUUAAGAAAACCUACAUUUUGAACAAGUACUCUUAAUUCCUAACUCUUCUUUGACAGUUGAUUCUUCUGUAACAUACAUUUGUUUUCCUUAUGUUAAUACAUUGUAAUGUCAGAAAUGAGUGAUACUGACUACAGAAUUCAACCACAAAAAUACUGAGAUGAAAGAAAAUUAUAACAAAAUGCUCUUCAGAAAUACCUAAAUGCUGAGCAUUUUUAAUACUAAAUAGCACAACUCCUCAAAGUAAAACCUGAGGAGUGUUCUCGGCAGUAUAUUUGAAGGAGAAAUAUUCUAAUUUGAAACCAACGGCAGAUGUUGCAGGCUUUCAUACCAGUGCUGGCCCUGGAAGCUUCUUAACAAUAACACACAGUCAUUUAAGACUUAACUUACGCUUUAUACAGAGAGAAAGAUACGGUAGUAAGGGACAUUUGCAGGCAUUUGAGUGCUGGGUACAUGCCUGCCCUGUACUUCUAGUAAGGGGCUGUUUUUGGUUGGUUGGUUGUGUUCCAGAAGGGCAUAAUAAUCCCGGAUUCUAAGUUUAUGUGUAGAUAUUUUAAAGAGGAAAUUAAAUAUUAUUAGAACAAUAGUAAAGAUAUGUUAUCCUCGCACAGGCAAAAGCACAGGCCGAAAGGUCAUUUCUAGAUCAAAUCUAGCCUUCCAGAGUUGCCUUUUUUGUUUAAACCAUGCUCGGUGAUGCUGGUGUUUUCGAGAAGUGUUUGAUAGAAACAGGUACUGUUCUGAAAACCUGGCUAGCCAGAGAUACUCUCAGAAUGUUGCCACAUGUUUGCCAAAGCUUGUUUAAGUUAUAUAAAACACUUACAUAAAGAAAGGCAAAAGAACAAAGACUUUUUUUUUUUUCAGUCUAAAUUAGAAAGCGGUGUUACUGAUUUGCCUAUUAAACUAAAAUACUUCUGGUGGUUCUUUUUAUGGACGUUUUAAGGAGGACAUCAUCACAGAUAUUAUCUAAUAGUAUUUCUAACUGUAUUUGAUCAUAAAAAGACUCUUGGAAUUUGAAGCGUGACAUGCUUCUAAUCCCCAUUGCAAGCUGAAAAAUACCGCAAAAUGAUCAGUAUGUUGUGCCAGCUUUAUUUGGAGAGAAAUAACUGAGGGGAUGUUCUGGGCGUGAGGAGUAAGCCGGUCUAUAUAGCAUAGUGAUCAAGAGGGAUCUGGAACCUGAUCAUGAUUCGGAACCCUGGGCCUACGUGCUCUACAUCUUGGACAAAUUAUUUAAUCUCUGUGUGUCUGUUUGCUCAUCUUUGACAUGGGAAUAAUAACAGUGCCUACUUGAAAGGAUUAUUGUGAGGAUUAAAAGAAAUAAUAUAUGUAAAGCACUUAACAGAGUACCAGGCCCAUGGUAAGUGGCCAGUUAAUGUUAGCUACUAUUAACUGUGUCACUGAAAAGACACUGAAAAAUAAAUGGUUUCAGGAACCUUUGAGAGAACUAAACUAUCGAUUUCAAAUGGUAUUUGCUUAGAAGCAUGAGAUGAAAUUAAAAGUGGAUAGCUUUCAGGAAAGAUAAAGAGAACAUUCUUAGAAUGCAAGCUAUACAAACAGAUAUGUUCUAUUGCUCUUUGAAAACCAUGAGCCCUGGCUGGGCUUACCUGUGCUGAAGUGUUUGCAGGCUAAGUAAAUACAGAAAGAGUAGGUAAACCUUUCCCUGGAAGAUGGGCUCCACAGAGACCUACUCUGCUACAGUUUCUCUGUCUAUGCACACAUAGUUACAGAUGCAUGCACACAUAAAUAGGCAGCCUAUCUGUGCUCAGACAUAGAACAGUACUCCGUGACUCAUGUCAGGCCACUCAAGCAGAAAAUCGUGGAGUGGAACAGAAGGGACCGCUUGCAACUCUUGUCUUCCCAGCAUGCCCUGGGGCACCUUGGUCAAGCCUCUUAGAGGAAAGAGCCAAAGGUUUAAAAGCCUCUUGCACAUCUUCUCUCUCAAAGAUGCAGUCAUUCAUUCAACACAUUUCAUUGAGGUUUUUUAAGCAUGGUCAGGAGCAAAGCUGAAAAAGGUGAGGUGAUCUCUGUGGGAUAAUUUUGGGACCUGUGCACUUUAUGUAAGAAUGUAAACCUUGCUUCUUCUCAUUUAAGAAUGAUCUGCAAUAAAUUUAGAACACAUGAACUGAAUUAAAUUGACAAUUGUUUCUUCAUUUACAUAUAAAUUCAUAUGAUUAUACAUAAAGUUUUGAUGCAUUAAUAAAA